UCUUUGCCGGUGAACGAUUGGUAGGACAGAGCGGGUGCCAUUUGGCGCAGAUUUGAGCUACAUCCGUUAACAAAGGGCGCCCAGUUAUUUAUUUGUCGUCGUAUUUGUGAAUUUCAGCCACUACAUUUUGCAGUCGAACAUUCACAAUGAGCGCAAUUAACGUUAAAAAGCUGAAAGUGAACGAGCUGAAGGACGAGCUGAAAAAGCGUAAUCUCUCGGACAAGGGGCUGAAGGCCGAGCUGAUGGACCGGCUGCAGGCCGCGCUGGACGAGGAGGCCCUAGCCGGAGACUCCCCGCUGGACCAAGAAGCUGCGGCGCAAGAGGGCUUCAGCCAGGAGGGUAUGGGAGAGGAAGAAGAGGGCGAUGGCCCGAUAGAAGAAAGCAUGGAGGCCAACGAGGAGGAGGAAGAAGAGCCGGAAAAUGGGGGCGAGGGAGAUGGCGUUGCCGAGGACGAAGAGAUGGGUGAGGGGGAAGAGGACGGGGACGGGGACGGGGACGAGGACGACGAGAUGGAUCCAAUGCUCAAGGGAGAUGUGGACGACAUGGAGAAAAUAGACACAGAAGAUGGUGAGCCCGGGGACCAGGCUACUGAGGGGGAUGCGGACAAAGACACGAAUGCUGAUCAGAAGAAUAAGAAGGGUGUUAAGAGACGCCGGGAGGAACAUGGAAGGGGCUACUUUGAAUUUAUUGAAGAGAACAAAUACAGCUGGGCCUCAUUUAAGUCUCCUGUGCCACCCCUGGAGGAAGAAGAUGAGGAGUUUGAUGACACAAAAGUCUGCCUGGAUGCCUACAACUGCGACCUGCACUUUAAGGUGUCACGGGACCGUUACAGUGCCUCAUCUCUCACAAUGGAGAGUUUUGCUUACCUGUGGUCCGGAGGCAAGGCUACCUAUGGCGUGAACAAAGGCAAAGCCUGCUUUGAGAUGAAGAUUACAGAGAAAAUUAUUGUGAAGCACAUUUCCAACAAGAACAUGGAUAUUCACGACGUGCAGGUCGGCUGGUCCCUGGCUACUGGCACCCUGCUCCUCGGUGAGGAGGAACAUUCUUACGCAUACUCUGGGAAAGGCAAGAAGACCACCAACUGUGUGACGGAGGACUUUGGAGAAACCUAUGAGGAGAAUGAUGUCAUCUGCUGCCUUAUUGACUUUGAGGGUGAGGAGCUGGUGUUGUCCUUCUCCAAAAAUGGCGGGGAGCCGGCUGUCGCUUUCCAGGUCAGCAAGGACAGUCUGAACGGCCAGGCCCUUUUCCCGCACAUCAUCUGCCACAAUUGUGCUGUGGAGUUCAACUUUGGCCAGAUGGAGACGCCGUACUUCCCUCAGCCCCAGGGCUACACCUUCCUGCAGCAAAUCCCUGUGGAUGAACGAGUCCGGGGGCUCAAGGGGCCACAGACCAAGGCUGACUGUGAGAUCAUAGUGAUGGUUGGCCUGCCAGGCUCAGGGAAGACUACAUGGGUGAAGAACCAUGUCCAGGAGAACCCUGGGAAAUACUACAUCCUGGGCAGUGACACCAUUGUGGACAAGAUGAUGAUCAACAGCCUGAAACGCCAGUCAAAGGACAUUACAAAACUGACCGCCAUUUCCCAGCGAGCACCACUUUUCCUAGGGAAGUUUAUUGAGAUUGCUGCCCGCAAGAAGAGGAACUACAUCCUGGAUCAUACAAACCUGUCUGCCCCAGGCCAGAAGAGGAAGAUGUGCUUGUUUGCAGGCUUCCAGCGCAAGGCCGUGGUGGUCUGCCCCUCUGACGAAGACUACAAGCAGAGGGUUCAGCAGAAGGUUGAGAGUGAUGGCAAAGAAGUGCCGGAGCACGCUGUCCUCAAAAUGAAAGGUUUCUACUCUCUGCCUGAGGAGGGAGAGAGCUUUGAUGAGAUCAUCUAUGCCGAGAUGCCGAAGGAGGGGGCGGCCAAGCUGCUGGAGCAGUACAAAGAGGAAAGCAAGACUGCUCUGCCAGCCGAGAAGAAACCCAACCAGGGAAGCACAACACCAAAAAGAGGCGGCGGCCUGCGUGGUGGCCGGGGAGGCAAGAACCAGUUUGGCCGCGGCGGUGGACCUGGACAGAGGGGUGGUGGCCGUGGAGGCUUCCAGAGCAGAGGAAACUUCAGAGGAGCUCCUGGUCCUCGCGGCGGCUUCAACCGUCCACCUCGCGGCUUCCUGCCUCCUCCAGCCUUCAGAGGAGGGUUCCAUAACCGUGGAAACUUCAACCGGGGCGGCGGCCCCAUUCCCAGCUUGGGAGGAUCCCCCAGGGGUGGUCCAAUGAGGGGUAACAUGGGACCCAGAGGGGGGCCCAUGAACAGAGGCGGCCCAAUGCACAGAGGCAACAUGAACAGAGGAGGUGGAGGCAACAUGAACCGUGGUGGAAACAGGGGACAUCCCGGCCAGUUUCAUCAGAGAGGUGGUAACCGUGGCAACUUUGGCAACAAGAAUGGCAACUUUGGCAACAACAGGAACAGCGGCAACUUUGGCAACAGGAACGGCAUGGACAAGGCCCAAGCCUUCAACCAGAGCUGGCAUCAUGGGUUCUGGAACGAGAAGCUGUGGAGCCAGCAGUAUCAGCCUGGAUAUUACUAAGACACUUGUUCUAACGGACUGGUGGCAGAGACCCACCGCUAGCCACGGAACAUCCCUCCACCCCGCUUUUUGAUUUUAUUUUCCUUGAACCCACUUUUAAUAAUCUAAAAACCCAUCAGCUGAAGGCUAAAGCGAUAUGGAGCAACAACAUUCCACAUCAGAGAGGAGACCAGGCAACCUGAGUGUAAUUGAAGCUUUAUAUAUCUAUAUACACAUGUACAACGUGGGUUCAGUCUCAUUCAGUCAUCUGUUUUUCUUCUGUUGUAUAUUUCAUUCUUUUUUCCACCACUUUUAAAUGAUGUGCUUUUAAAAAUCUCAUGUUUGUAAUAUCAGGAACCAGAAAUAUUUUGCCAGCCCAGCAGAUGUUGAAGUUUUUGUUCCCUCCCUCCCCCCGCCCAGGGUUGUGCAUUUUAUCUGUGCUGUGAUUUUUGUUUUGCUUUUUUAUUACAAAUUGUAAAUUUCUUUUUUUUUUCUUUUUUUUUUUUGGCGUAGUUUGUAUGCAAAGUUUAAGAAACAGUAAUGAUUGAAAGGAACCUUGGCUUAUUAGCAAGAAGCAUGGUAGGUGAUUAUAUUGUUAGACUGUACAUGUCAAUAUAGUCCGCUGUCAAACAGUUAAACUGAAGCAACGAAUGAAUUACAGCAAGUUUUUGUCUUUUGUUCCCAGUAUCAAACCUGUAACCUAAACUCCAUAGACCUACAAUAAACGACUUGUUGGCUUUUUUACAUUCUUCCUGGUUUAUGACUUUUGAUUCACUUCAAAGGUGUGUAAAAGACCUUUGAAUGGGCAAUGUCCAAGUUUGCUACUUCAAACAGUGAGGACAUCAGCCCCACUACAAGUCCCAGUUUACACCUCAUUAGCGAAGAAUUCCCCUCCAGUGUCCUGUGUUUGAUACGCCAUUACCAAGCCUUUAGCUAUUCUAAUGUCUGUUGCUUUGAGAAAGUAUUUUGGCCAAGCCAUUUUCAGGAUAUAAAUAAGCCAUUUUUAGUACAACAUUAUGCCUUUUUUUUGUUUUAUUUUUUAAAUAAGUCCUUUAAUUUAUUUUAAAAAUUAGAGCACUGGCUAUGCUUGAGUCUCAGGAGGAAGUGCGGUUCCUAGAUUCCUUUUUAAACGGUUCCUUUAGUGCAGUAGACUUCUGAAAAACAGCACUGAUCAGUCGGAUCUGAAAACCAUUACAGCAUUUUUCUUUUUAAUUGACACACUUUCGAUUUUUAAACAAAUUUCCGAUGAUGCUAACUCAGCACAAACAUGAUUGAAAGCAGGCAGGGUUACUCAUUUUCACCAGCAGACCUAAAGGGCUACACAGUGUCGCAACACAUCCAAAACACCAACAGUUCCCGAAGACCUUCUCAGACGGUUAGGAAAAGGAGCGGGGAGUAACUUUUGGUCAACUUUCAUACAUUCUUACGUUUGGAAGCACUCCAGAGUUGAUGUUGGUGACCGUGUGGCCCGGCAAUAAUGGCAGCUCCUCAUCCAACUGCUCAUAAUGUGCCCCACCACGUUGUGCUGGCGGAGGACACCCAGCUUGAGUUUCAGCAGUAGAAGAUCAUCAGAGCUGGAAAACAAACCAUCACAGUAGAUCAGACAAAACCCGCUCGCGUGUGUCCAUUGCUUUCAUUUUUUACCUGCCCGUGUUGAUACUUAAUAAACAUGUAAAUACUUCACCACUAUUUGAACCAUGCACGAAUGUUCAUGAGUUAAUUGACUUUGAGUAAUAACUGUAUUGUGAUUAAGAAAGUGUUAGUUUGCCCGAGUACUGCUGUGUGAUGAAUUGACUAUAUUUAAAUGUCUGGCGAGUUUUUAUUGUACUGGAUACAUAAAUCUAGCAGAAUGCAAGCUUUGAGUUUACAGUAUAAUCUGUAAUACAACAGACACUAUAUUUUUAUCGCUUUAUGUUGCAGGUUGUAUAUCAGGUCUUUUACGAUUAAACCAACAAUGCAAAUGCUUUGAGACGUUGAGAUUUCUUGUCUUUUCUAUCUGACAGUUUUUGAUAUUUGUGUUAAAAGAUUUGGGAUUGUAUUUUCUGUUUUAAUUUGUCUCAACUCUAUUAAAGUUAAAGAAGCUGGUGGA